CCUUGUCUACAGGUGCCCAACUUCAACACGAUUUUACAGUCAUAUAAUAUAACAUGGAGGAUCGUGAAUGCGUUACUUACGACAUAAUCGAUUAUAAUUUUACGGCUUUUACUUAUAAUAUAUCAACAGAUAUUUUUUCUUCUUUUACAUGGAAAGAAUGUUUCAAGUUAAUAAUUUGUAUAUCUGCCACUAUAGUCGGAGUUAUCGGGAAUAUAGGAGUUAUACUUACAGUUGUAUUGAAUCAUUCGAUGAGAACCACUAUAAACAUUUACUUGGUGAAUUUAGCUAUCGCUGAUCUUAUGAUAUGUUUAUUUUGUAUAUGGGUGCAUUUUGUGAAUAAUUUGGCAGAAUCGCAUUAUAUUCUUGGUUCGUUCAUGUGCAAAUUCAACAGUUUUUCACAGAUGACCAGCCUAGCAUCCAGUGUAUUGACAUUAUCAGCCAUUGCUUGUGAUAGAUUUGUAGCUAUUAUUUUUCCUCUUCACACACGUAUUACUAAACAACGCACCAGUUUUGUAAUCACCACAAUAUGGAUAGUGUCUAUGGCAUCAGCAGUACCAUUUUUAAUAUAUAGAGAACAGAAAGAAUUGCAGUGGGAAAAUAUUGUUCAGAAAAUAUGUUCUGAAAAAUGGCCUCCCGUUACAACUUACGACGAGGAUUUAAACAAAUGUGUCACCCAUUAUCCAUCGAAAAAAUUUUAUUAUUUAUUUAUAACAGUCUGCUUAUUUUUCAUGCCAAUAAUGAUUAUGUUAACUGCUUAUACCUUAAUAGUAUGGAAGCUUUGGAUUAGCGAAUUACCCGGCAAUAAAACUACAGCGAAUGUUACCAUGCAGCAUCGUGCUAAGAAAAAAGUAAUUGUAUUGGUUUGCAUUGUACUAACGGUGUUUAUCGUAUGCUGGGCACCCUUUCAAAUAACGCUUAUUUAUUCUGAAUUCGGACAUUCGAGCAGCGAAUAUGGAGAGGUAAUUGUAUUGGUUUGCAUUGUACUAACGGUGUUUAUCGUAUGCUGGGCACCCUUUCAAAUAACGCUUAUUUAUUCUGAAUUCGGACAUUCGAGCAGCGAAUAUGGAGAGCUUCCAGAAUGGUUUAAUAGUUUUUCAUACUUCGCCUUUUAUCUCGCUUAUUCGAACAGUGUUCUCAAUCCUAUUAUUUACGGAGGAUUUAACAACAAUUUUCGACAAGGGCUAUGCGCAGUUUUACAAUGUAAAUGCCAGAGAGCAAAUUUUAAAAGACCAAUUAGUUCAAAGAAAUCUUUGACAACAAUAACAACAGCAAUGUCUAUGACUCAUUCGAAUGGACGACGUAAACUGUCGGGAAGAAAGAGUAAGGUUGAGAUGAAAUUUGUGAAAAAAGCCGACAACAAUGAAGAAAACUGUACAAAUAAUUAUCAGCAAACAAGUAACAGCAGUUACUACAGAAGAAAUUAA